AAUACGAUGGUCAGCUUGAUGCUAAUCGGAUACUUAUGAAAUAUAUAUUAAAUUCCUUCAUGGCCCUGAACUGAAUCACACCAAAUUUUUCGCGCCAAAAUUCUAUUUGUCACUGCUAUGUUUUCGCUUCUCUUCGAAAAACCUACCAGCCAUAUUUACACUUCUUACAACAAGUUUUACAAACCUACCGGUCAUUCAUUUGAUCGAAUUUUUAUUUAGUUUAUGGCUGAAUAAAGGCAACUAACAAGGGAUUAAUUAUAACUCACGAAACUUAGUGACUUUCCAGUUGACUGACUUGUACUUCAACGGCCGGGAGAUUUCAGGCUCCAAUGGGCAAUCAUCGCGUUGCCUUACUGACUAAUUAUUGUCAAAGGAAACCCCGGCCAGUUAGUUUACUAUGGACGCUAUCGCUAAUCAUUGGUCUGUUUGGCUCACAUGAACUGCUACGAGGACUGUGCCUCAUCAAUACGAACAAUACGAUUCAAUCAGAAAAGAAAGUAUAUGAAGAAAAAUAUUGAAUAAAGUGUUUUGCCGGUACAUACAGUUUAUUAUAACAAACACAGCAUGAUUGACAGUUCUAAGUAAGCAUUCUUUUAGAGCCAGAAACAUGUUUUCGAAACAAUUUGAAAUAUUCAACAUUUUGUAAACACUGUUUGUUCAAAGCUCAAUUAGAAUAUAAAUGAUCUUUUCAACAGUUUUUUAUUCAAUUUGAACGCGACCUCAGGUGUUCAACAUCAAAAGCCCUUUGUACCUGAAAGCGCGCUUCUUUCAAAGCAGAAAAAUGGCUAGCUUGAAAACGCUUGUGACUUUGUCAACGAUCUUGAUAAUAAGUUUGCAACUGAGUAAAGCAGUGCCAUUAAGCAAUAUCGAAAGAAAACUUGCUCACGAUUUUCCAGAGGAUUUGAACUCCUUCGCUGACAGUGCAGAGUGUAAAGACCAAAGAGAUUGCAGUUGGAUCACCAAUGAAUCAGCAAAGCAGUCAGAUGGCGGACAAACUUUGGAAGAGUACUGCAAGCUUCACAGGGACGAGCCUUCAGUUAAACAGUGCUCCAAGACUUGUAAUUUCUGCAAAGCACCAUCACCCGCUGAAUUUAAAAUAGCGGCUAGAGACUUCGCAAAAGACUGGGCGUUGAGCAGAAAACAAUCACCUCGGACUAGGUUUGACCAUAUUGACUCUUCCACCGAUCAUUAGAAUGCAUACCGAU